AUGCCUUUCACCGCUUCUGACAUCUGCAAGAUCAUCUUCGCCAUCAUCCUGCCUCCUCUGGGUGUCUUCCUGGAGCGCGGAUGUGGUGCUGACCUUCUGAUCAACAUCUGUUUGACCAUUCUCGGAUGGAUUCCCGGUAUCAUCCACGCCAUGUAUGUGACCGUUGCUCUUCGCUCCUUGCGACCGAACCCGCGCUGA